CCCCUUCCCUCUACUCCCUUCUGUGGGGUAUUUAUCUCCAGGCUCUGGCUCUCAGCCUCGCCAUCUCAUCAGACAUCAUUACGGCUCCUCAUUUGUGUUUGACCAGCUCAGAAUACAAUUUGUUCUUCAAUAGAACAGCCCCUUGUGCUGGUGGCUACGUGUAUUCCCUGGAGUCACCGGUGGAGACAGUGAGGUUCUGGGAGAGGCCAUGAGCCCAACAGGGAAAUCCAACCCAGGAACUGCAGCCCCCACAGAAGAGAGGAAACUCCGCCCCUGGCUGAGCCUCUGGGUCACUCUUGUUUGUGCUCUUGUCCUCAAGGCCUGUGUCAUCUAUGGCUGCAUGGUCACUCUCCUCAUGGGAAAUCCAAGCUGUGAAGUGCGCAAGGCCCUGCCCCAGGGUUCCGCAGAGUGGCAUUGUGUCGUGGGGAGAGAUGAAGGGAAAGGGCGAGUCUGGACGUGCUGCCCCUUGGGCUGGGAGCCCUUUCAGACCAGCUGCUACUACUUCUCUAAAGAUAUCAUGAACUGGGAUGACAGUGAGAGGAACUGUACAGGGAUGGGCUCCCACCUGGUAGUGGUCAACACGGGAACUGAGCAGGAUUUCAUUUCCAAUUAUGUAAAAAGAACAGUUAUUGGCAUCCAAGUGGAGAAUUACUAUAUUGGUCUGGCACUGGAGAAAGGCCAGUGGUGCUGGGUGGAUCUGACUCCAUAUAACAAGACGGCAGUGUUCUGGAUACCUGGGGAACCAAAUAACCUCAUUGUGGAGAAAUGUGUUGCUGUAGAUACAUCCCAAAAGGAGAACAGGAAUUGGAAUAACUUCCCUUGUAUCGCACCAUUUCAUCGAAUUUGUGAAACUGUGGCAACAAAUAUUUGAUUGAAAAAAACCCACUAUGGAUGUGAAAUUAGAGAGCGAGCCCAUCCCUCACCAUGGGCAGCUCACAGAGAGAUCAGAUUGGAGGGUUUGUAUCAUUGUGAGUCCAGGACUGUAUAAUAUGCAGGAAGGUGGAGGUGGAAUGAACUCACCACACAAAAAAAUUUGAAAAAAAAAUUCUGAUAAUGACUAAAGUGGAAAAACACCAAACUUCAGCCAAGCUCUGCUUAUGAUAUCAUAAAACUCCCUGUGACAUCACCCAACGAGUCCAGUGGAGAAGGUGGGUUGGGAACGGGAGGGCCAGUGGAUUUGCCUUAAAGUGUUGAAGGGAGAGUUGCUAUUCACUGUAUUAAUUCAGCCAAUGUUGCUAAAUGUAAUAACUUCCCUUGGGCCCAAUACAUCAGUCCCCAAGAAUAUGUGUGCUGUGAAUGGGAGUGUCUCAUCAUGUCCACGUUGCUCUGGUGACUGUUGGGUGCAAUAAGAGAUUCAGCUUUCAGGAAAAAGAUGCAGAAGUAAAGGUCUAAAUCUCACAGCUCUUUGUUGUUCCAAUCUCACUGGAAACAUGUGUCUGUGCUUCCAGCUGGGACUGUUUAGAAGGCCACACAGUUCAUUAUCCCUGAUCCAAAUUUAACUUAUUUUGUGAUGGAGCAGAACAAUUUAUGCCCCAGAGAAAGGACAGGUGUUCAAUCAAGAGACUGAACCUAGACCAAAUCUCCUAGAA